UGACAUUCUGCAAUCUUUUCACAAGAUAAUGAUUGUGAAUUCUGCUUCUGGAUCGAAAUGCAUGGCUUUCGGAAUUUGCUGAGCUGCCUGUAAUCUGGGCUUGAGCCGUUGCAGUAAGCCACAUUAUAUUUUUAUGAUGACCACGUUGGUUGCCGGAUCGUAUGAGCGCUUUUGGUUCGCAUACGAAGUUGAGCCGUCUCAAAACGAGAAUCAGGAGCUGUCUCGGGCCUUUUCCUUCCCAGCCCACCAGGGACCGGUCAAGUGCAUAGCAGGCGCAGCACCAUUUGUGGCAUCUGGAGGCGCUGAUGACACUGUGCACAUUUACAAUGCAGAGGCUGGAAAGGACCUGGGGUUCUUGAUGAACCCGGGCGAUGGAGCAGUCACAGCGGUGGAGUUCUACACGCCAGCCGGCACUUCUCAGCCCACUCAUCUGCUGAGCGGUGCAGCCGAUGGCAGCAUCUCUGUCUGGGGAGCUGGCGGCAGCUGGGAAUGCUUGAAGGUUCUCAAGGGUCACAAGAAGGAGGUGACAAGUCUUUCAGUGCACCCAAGCGGGCUGCUGGCCUUGAGCACAUCGCGAGAUGACAUGCUGAGGAUGUGGAACAUGGCCAAAGGCCGCAGCCAGUACAAAACAAAGAUUCCCCCUGGAACCGAGAGCGUCAGCUUCAGCCCCAACGGGGACAUCUAUGCCCUGCUGAGCGGCUUGAAGGUCACCGCACACAACGUCUCAGAGGAGGGAGACAUUGCCGCAACGUUUGAGCUGGAGAAGCGGGGGCUCUGUAUGACAUUCAUGUCCGACCAGGUCAUCGUUGUUGGAGGAGAGGACGGCAGCCUGAGGACGCUGGACCUGCGCACAGAUGGGGUUCAGAGCACGCUGAAGGCACAUGGCACACGGGUGCGGGGAGUGGCGGCGCUGUCCCCAGGGGACGCCUCCGACAGCGAGCCUGCCCACCAGGUCGCCAGCGCUGCAACAGACGGCUUCAUCCGCCUGUGGGACCUGCGCAACACAGGCUCUGCCAGUAGCAGCCAAGCGCAGCAGCUGUGUGAGACUUCGACGUCCGCUCGUCUCACCUGCCUCACAGUGCUGCAGCCUGGCAGGAAGGCGCCCGCCAGCCUGGCAGUGCCUCAGCAGAAAGCGAGCGCUGCUGACGACGGUGGCAAGGCUCCAGCAGAGCAGAAACAGCCUCGAAAGAGACGCAAGGAAGAAGCGGAUCAGGAGAAGAGCUCAGCUGCUGCGCAUGAUGUCGGAAAGGAGCCAAAGGGUGUGCCCGAAAAGGCAAAGGGAAAGAAGGUCAGCGAGGUGGAAGCAAUAGGGGAGGAGGGUGUUGUGGUGCAGAGGAAGGCUGAAAGGGUUGUGGAAUUCCCAGAUGAAGCACCAAAAAGGAAGAAGAAAAACACCACAAAGGGAAAAAAGGGCAAGUAGGUACAGCAGAUGCUAAAAGUGCAGUCUAUGCCUGUCUUAGUGUGGAUACAAACUGUCCUCAUGAUUAGUGCUGAACGUCAAUCUCUGACAUCUGCAUGCAUGGUGACUGACAUGCGCAGGGUGGGCUAUUUGUAUUGCCAUGUGAAUAGUGAUGGAGGCACUAGUGCUACUGUAACCCUACUGACGAUC